AUGGCCAGGGACCUAGAGCACAUGAUCAACAAGGAGAAGCCCAAAGAGUUUGGUGUUGCCUACUCAGCUCCCGUCAGACUUGUGAGCGGCCCAAACCGCUGUGCGGGGCGGCUCGAAGUGUUCUGGAAAGAGCAGUGGGGAACUGUGUGUGAUGAUAGCUGGGAUCUGUCGGAUGCCAAGGUCGUGUGCAAGCAGUUGGAGUGUGGGGAAGCACUGUCAGCCCCUGGCUCGGCUCGCUUCGGUCAAGGAACUGGACAUAUCUGGCUGGAUGACGUGGAGUGUGACGGUAGAGAAGCCAACCUUACUGCCUGCAGGACCAGAACCUGGGGAGAGCAUAACUGCAAUCACGGAGAAGAUGCAAGCGUUGUGUGUUCAGGUAACUCACGUUUACUCCCUUCCCCGUCUAAGCUGCGAUUAGUGAACGGUGCAAGUCGCUGUGCUGGGAGAGUGGAGGUGCUUUAUGGAAAGCAAUGGGGAACUGUCUGUGAUGACAGCUGGGAUAUGAUUGAUGCUGACGUUGUAUGCCGGCAGCUGGGCUGCGGGACUGCUCUAUCUGCUCCUUCCUCAGCUUACUUUGGGAGAGGGCCUGCCCUCUUUUGGCUUGAUGAUGUGUCCUGCAACGGAACUGAAGCUGCCCUCUCCGAAUGCAGUGCAAAACCUUGGGGAAGCCAUAACUGUAAGCCCGGAGAAGAUGCUGGUGUUGUGUGCUCAGGCUUUGCAGAACCUGCCCCGCUUCGAUUAGUGGAUGGGUUGACCCACUGCUCUGGGAGAGUCGAGGUGCUUUAUGGCCAGCGCUGGGGAACUGUGUGUGACGAUGACUGGGGCCUGGACGAGGCAGAAGUGGUGUGCAAGCAGCUGGGCUGUGGGAAGGCCUUGUCAGCUCCCCACAGGGCUUCCUUCGGGCAAGGAUCUGGCUCCAUUUGGCUUGAUGAUGUCAGCUGCAGAGGGACAGAAGCUGGUCUCUCCCAGUGCAGAGCCUCUCCCUGGGGAAGACACAACUGUGGGCAUGGAGAAGAUGCUGGCGUGGUUUGUACAGAGACCAAAAUACAACAGAGAACUUCUUUAUUUCUCAACACAGGAUUUGCAAAGCUGCUUCCAGUCAGGCUGGUGAACGGUUCAAGCAGUUGCUCUGGGAGACUCGAGGUGUUUCAUGAGCAGCAGUGGGGAACCGUCUGUGACGACAGCUGGGAUAUGACAGAUGCUCAAGUGGUGUGCAGGCAGCUGGGCUGUGGGACAGCACUCUCAGCCCCUGGCUCUGCUGGGUUUGGACGAGGAACCGGGCAAAUUUGGCUCGAUGAUGUGAACUGUGCAGGGGCUGAAACGGGCCUCGCUGAUUGCCCGGCACGGUCUUGGGGAGAGAACAACUGUAACCAUGGAGAAGAUGCUGGUGUGAUCUGCUCAG